AUGAUCAUUAGUAAGGUUUUGCGCUGUAAGAAUCUUACCCACUUGUACGGUUUGAAGGAUUCAUCGUUUCCUUGUUAUCUCCGUUUUUCACCUCUUGUUCAUUUAUCUACUGUAUCCAACUCUACGGUUUCCGACUAUUUGCUGCACAAACACCAUUUCUCUCCCGAAGCGGCUUCGCGAGUAGCCUCUUCCCUGACUCGCCUGAGAGACCCCGAAAAGUCCGAUUCAAUCCUCUCAUUCCUUAAGGAAUUGGGCUUUUCCAAAACCCUAGUGGAAAAAAUCGUGACAUCGAUGCCCGUAUUGCUUUCCGCGGAUCUCGAGAAGACAAUCAAGCCCAAAAUCAAGAUUUUGCAAGACCUGGACUUCUCCUUGGAUGACAUAGCCAACAUCUUCUCUCACGACCCGUGGAUCUUCCGGUCGAACGUGAACUAUCUAGAGCCCAAUGUCAAGAUCUUGAAAAGCUGUGGUGUGGGCAUGGAGCAGAUCAUUUGGUUUGCGCGUUAUUUCCGCAGGUUCGUUUUUUGUAAUCCCGAGCACAUGAAGAAAUUAGUGGAUAAAGUGAACGAGAUGGGAGUUAGUACGAAUUCCAGAAUAUUUAUACACGCUGUGAGGGUUAUGAGCUCCAUGAACGACUCAACUUGGGAACAAAAGCUGAGAAUUUUCCGGGACAUGGGUUUUUCAGAUGAAGAGAUAUUAGCGGCGUUUAGACAAGCGCCUCUGGUGUUUGGGGUUUCUGGGGAGAAAAUAAAUGAGGUGAGGGAGGUUGUUCUUGCGACCGGCAAGUACGAGCUUUCGUGCAUCCUUAAAAAUCCAAUAGCAUUUAUGUACAGCGUCGAGAAUAGGUAUAAGCCUAGGUUUAAGGUUUUGGGGGUUCUAGAGAGAGAGAAUUUGAUCGAAAGCUGGCCUAAUUUCGCGACUCUGUGUAGGCUGUCGGAUAGGAAGUUCUAUGACAAGUUUGUUGGACCUUAUUUGGACAAAGUUGGGUGCGUUUAUGAGGUUAAGAGUAGUGUUAGUGGGGACAAGAGGUGA